CGAUCCAUUCUAGCCAUGACCUGUGUGCCUUGGGUCAUGCGUGUCCAUCUUCUUUAGCAUUCCGACUGGAAACACAGAUGCUUGCACGCACAGUAAAACCUUUCAGCAAAACCCAUUCAACCAACAAGGUAUGUCCUUCCAUCAGGGUCGAGGAGGUGGAGGCUGCCCCAGAGGAAGAGCCCCCCCAGGUCAACACGGCUCCCACCAAAACUACCGGCCCACCAACCUAGGACCCCCACCCCCCCAGCCGCCAAUGUCCCCCUACCACUACGACUCCCAGGCCCAGCACAGCUCCUCUCACAGCUAUGGUGGCCAAGGAAACAGUGGUGGGGGUGGUUACAUCACUGCACACUCAGACUACAUGUCAUACCCCCCUCCAGUGCCCACUCAGGGGGGUAUGACGGCCAGUCCUCUCAGCCAGUGCCCCGUACGCCCCCCCUUCCCCAACCCCAACACCCAGAGCCACCCCAACUUCCCCCCUCCUCCUCUCGCCGGCAACACCUCUGGAAGCUCCAUAUCUGGGUCUCCAGCGUCAGCUCAGAGUGCUUACCACUACAUGAUGCCCUCCGUACCCCCUCCACCCUUCCCUCACCCCCCCGGCAUGCCUCCUACCAUGCCUCCACAGUCCAUGAGCUACCAUCAACCCCCCUACUCCAUGAACUACUCCCAUCCUCCAUUCCCUCCUCUGCCAAACUUUAGCCCAGGGAACUACGGCUCCCACCAGGGUCCCAGCUCCUUCAAGCCAGACCAUGGGGGCUUCAGGCACAGUCCUCAUGGAGGAGGAGGGCAGCAGUAUAAGGCUGAGAAGCAACAGCAAAUGGACGACAGGAGUCAGAGGUCGCCGGAGAGAGGCAGAGGGGGUCGCCAUGACGACCACAGGCAGCAGAAGGGUGGCUAUGCUUACGGCAGUCGUGGUGGUGGUGGCGACAGACACAAGAUGGACUUCCCCAUGAACCAGAGAGGGAAGGACCGAGGCAGGAGUCCGGACAGACGCAGGCCGGAGGGAGGGAGACAUCGGUCAGAGUACGAACAGCGUGGGAGGACUCCUCCUACCCGUCACCGGAGUCGAGAACGCAGCAGGGAGAGGCAUCGCCACAGAGACAGUCGGAGGUCUCAGUCACCUGACCGACACAGGAAGCGACCUAGAAGUCGGUCAGGCAGCAGAGAGAGGAAGCGUGGUCGCUGGGAGGAGGAGAGGGACCGGAGGUCCGAUGGACCGGGGAUGAGCAGAGACAGAGAGCGCAGCUAUACCUCCGCCAGGAGCCGAGACACAGAGCCUGAAGUCUCCAUAGAUAGAGACAGAGACCGGGAGAGAGAGAUGGAGAGGGGCGAGAGGGAGAGGGAGAGGGAGAGGGGCGAGAGGGAGAGGGAGAGGGGCGAGAGGGAGAGGGAGAGAGGCGAGAGGGAGAGAGGCGAGAGGGAGAAAGGGGAGGGAGAUGAGAGAGAGGAGGAUGAGUUGCUGAAGCCUGCGUGGAUCCGCUGUACCCAUGCUGAGAACUACUACUCCAGCGAUCCCAUGGAUCAAGUGGGUGAUUCUACGGUGGUGGGGACCAGUAAGCUGAGGGACCUGUACGAACGCUUCGAGGAAGAGCUGGUCAAGAGACAGGAGCGUGCUCAGUCGGCCCGGCCCAAAUGGGACCCCCCCAAGACCAAGCUAGAUGAGGAGCCCGGUACUGUAUUGAUAUCAGAUAGUAUCCCCAAAGAGGAGUGCCACAGUCACAGCAGCAGUGAGUCAGACUGCGAGUCUGACGGGGGAGGCAGUACCUGCUCCAGCAGCUCUGACUCUGACGUGUUUGACGUGAUCGCUGAGAUCAAGAGGAAGAAGGCCCAUCCAGACCGUCUGCAUGACGAGCUGUGGUACAACGACCCAGGACAGAUGAACGAUGGGCCGUUGUGUAAGUGCAGUGCCAAGUCCAGACGCACAGGGAUACGUCACAGCAUCUACCCUGGAGAGGAGUCGGUGAAGGAAUGUCGUCCGAUGAACAACAACUCUGGGAAGCUCUACCACUACAGAAUCACUGUGUCUCCACCUACUAACUUCCUGACAGACAGGCCUACGGUUAUCGAGUACGAUGACCAUGAGUACCUGUUCGAAGGCUUCUCCCUCUUCUCCCACAUGCCUCUCACUAACAUUCCAUUGUGCAGAGUGAUUCGUUUCAACAUAGAUUACACCAUUCACUUUAUUGAAGAGAUGACACCAGAGAACUACUGUGUGAAAGGACUGGAGCUGUUCUCUUCCUACCUAUUCCAGGAUAUACUGGAGCUCUAUGACUGGAACCUCACAGGUCCAGAGUGGGACAACCAAUCUCCUGGAUGUCAGAAGUUCCACUUCAUGCCUCGCUUUGUCCGCUUCUUACCUGACGGUGGUAAGGAGGUGCUCUCCAUGCACCAGGUUCUCCUCUACCUCCUGCGGAGCUCCAAGCCUCUGGUCCCUGAGGAGGAGAUAGCUGACAUGCUGCAGUGGGAGGAACUGAAGUGGCAGAAGUACGCAGAGGAGUGCAAGGGCAUGAUCGUCACCAACCCUGGCAUGAAGCCUAGCUCUGUGCGUAUUGACCAGCUGGACAGAGAGCAGUUCAAUCCAGAGGUCAUCACCUUCCCCAUCAUCGUCCACUUCGGGAUCCGGCCUGCCCAGCUCAGCUACGCUGGAGACCCCCAGUACCAGAAGCUGUGGAAGAGCUAUGUGAAACUACGCCACCUGCUGGCUAACAGCCCCAAGGUCAAGCAGAUAGACAAGCAGAAGCUAACACAGAGGGAGGAAGCCCUUCAGAAGAUCCGCCAGAAGAACACCAUGCGCCGGGAGGUGACCGUGGAGCUCAGCAGCCAGGGCUUCUGGAAGACUGGCAUCCGCUCUGACCUCUGUCAGCAUGCUAUGAUGUUGCCAGUGUUGACCCACCACAUCCGCUACCACCAGUGUCUGAAGCACCUGGACGACCUGAUUGGCUACGUCUUCAAGGAGCGCUGUCUGUUACAGUUGGCCAUGACUCACCCCAGCCACCACCUGAACUUUGGCAUGAACCCGGACCACGCCCGUAACUCCCUGUCCAACUGCGGCAUCCGCCAGCCCAAGUAUGGGGACAGAAAGGUCCACCACAUGUACAUGAGGAAGAAGGGAAUCAACACCUUGAUCAACAUCAUGUCUCGUCUUGGACAAGAUGAUCCCUCCCCCUCCAGGAUCAAUCACAACGAGCGGCUGGAGUUUCUCGGCGAUGCCGUUGUGGAGUUUCUCACCAGUGUUCAUCUGUACUACCUGUUCCCCAGUCUGGAGGAAGGAGGGCUCGCCACCUACAGAACGGCCAUUGUACAGAACCAGCACCUGGCCAUGCUAGCAAAGAAACUGGAGUUGGAUCGCUUCAUGCUGUAUGCCCACGGCCCAGACCUCUGUAGGGAAUCAGACCUGAGACAUGCCAUGGCCAACUGUUUUGAAGCACUCAUAGGAGCGGUAUAUUUGGAGGGCGGUCUGGAGGAGUCUAAGCAGCUGUUUGGGAGGCUGCUUUUCAACGGAGAGGACCUCCGAGAAGUGUGGCUCAACUACCCGCCCCAUCCUCUGCAGGUGCAGGAGCCGCAGACGGACAGGCAGCUGAUCGAGACGUCUCCGGUGCUUCAGAAGCUGACAGACUUUGAGGACACCAUCGGUGUUAUGUUCACACACUGUCGCCUGCUGGCCAGAGCUUUCACACUGAGGACCGUGGGCUUCAACCACCUCACACUGGGCCACAACCAGAGGAUGGAGUUCCUUGGAGACUCCAUCAUGCAGCUGGUGGCUACAGAGUACCUCUUCAUCCAUUUCCCCGACCACCACGAAGGACACUUAACACUGUUGCGUAGCUCCUUGGUCAACAACCGUACCCAGGCCAAAGUUGCAGAGGAGCUGGGCAUGCAGGAGUUUGCGAUCACUAACGACAAAACUAAACGGCCAGUGGCCCUCCGGACCAAGACCCUUGCUGACCUGCUGGAAUCUUUCAUCGCGGCGCUCUACAUCGAUAAGGAUCUGGAGUACGUUCACACCUUCAUGAACGUCUGCUUCUUCCCUCGACUGAAGGAGUUUAUCCUAAACCAGGAUUGGAACGAUCCUAAAUCCCAGCUCCAACAGUGCUGCCUGACCCUGCGCACGGAGGGCAAGGAGCCCGACAUACCCCUCUACAAGACCCUGCAGACAGUGGGGCCGUCUCACGCGCGAACCUACACUGUGGCUGUGUACUUCAAAGGAGAGAGGAUAGGCUGUGGCAAGGGCCCAAGUAUCCAACAGGCGGAGAUGGGAGCUGCUAUGGACGCACUCGAGAAAUAUAACUUCCCUCAGAUGGCUCAUCAGAAGCGCUUCAUCGAGCGGAAAUACCGACAGGAGCUGAAAGAGAUGAGACGAGAGAGGGAUCGCCAGGAGAAGGAGGGAGACGAGCCAGAGGACAGCAGGAAGUAACAGAGCCCGUCUCCGACCAAUCGAUAUGGACAGAGAAUUUUUUCGACCAGUCAAGAUGGACGAUAUUGGAGAGUGUAGGGAAGGUGCAAGAAGUGGAGGGAUAAACUACUUCCAAAUACUCUGAAUUGCUAAAAAAAAAAAAAUGUCCUCUCCUCGACUACUCUCUUCGAUAUCAUAUCAUGAUAUCAUAAGGCUAACUUUCACCUGGUCAGUUCAUUCAUAACAAUUGCAAGGAAGGAGAAGAUUGCGAGGAGAGGACAUAUUUUUGGGACAAUUCAGAAAGAGCACUAGUCUAUACAGUACAAACCCUCUACUGACUCGUCCCAUUGGCUUGAGGAUUGCCUUGCAUUUUUUAGUGUUUGUUUGGGUUUGUUGUUUUGAGCUGCUUUUAUGUGUAGGUCUUAAUCAAUUGCAUGUUGAUUAUGUACAGUCACGUUUUAAACUAAAUCUAGAACAUGGUUGGUCGUCGAUCAUGGUUAUAAUGAACGGCAACAGAAAUGCUUUGUUUUAAAUGUUUUUUAGUUUUUUUUGUACCGCUAGUGACAUUGAUAGUAAUUGCUAUUAAUAAAGGUAUUUCACAUGUUAAUUGAUUUGUCAUCAUGGAAUAUGUCCUCUUGAUAGCCGUACUCAUCAUAAUCAGUGUCUGACACCAAAUCGCUCAAUGGGGAAACUAGUAGUGGCAUAUCACGUGCACGUUUAUGAAGAGGAGAGCGUUAAUAUGAUUCAAUGACAUUAAAUAUGAUGUAAAAUGCCA